AUGAAAUCCAUCCAGGCUUUUUGCAUGCUGCUUUUCUGUCCAGUUUUGAGUCUCAACGCCAGACAAGGCUAUGAUGGACUGGAAAAGAAGCUUAAGGAAGUCUUCACUGAAAGAAGCAGCAUCUUGCACCAGCUCUCCAAGACGUCCAAAGAGCUGGACAGCAUAAAAGGCAACAUUCAGUCAUUGAAAAACGGUGACUCAGUGGGCAAGAAGGACGUACAAAGGAUUUUGGACCUCAGCCACAAACAGAGAGACGAGAUGAGAACCCUCCAGGUUUCCUUGCAGAAGCAGCUGGAUGAGGCAAACGAGAGAGCCGAGAAGCAGCAGGCUACAGUUAAACUGAUUAAAGCGGAGAUGGAAAAGAAAACCAAAAUCAUCAAGGAUUUACAGCAAGAGAACAAGAGCUUGAAGAAUAAACUAUUGUCAGGAAACAAGCUUUGUGACGCUCAUGCUGAAGAGUCCAAAAAAAUCCAGGCUCAACUGAAAGAAUUGCGGUAUGGGAAAAAGGAUUUAAUUUUUAAGGGGCAGCAGCUAAUGGACUUGGAACACAAGUUAACCAUAGCCAAGGAAGAAUUAGAGAAGACUGCCCUUGACAAGGAGUCUCAGCUGAAGGCGCUCAAGGACACCGUUCACAUCUGCUUCUCAGCUGUCCUGCAAAACCAACCCAGCAGCAGUCACAGAUUUUCCGCUUCCCCCACCCAUUUGUACAGAUACUCAUCACUCAUCAACAGCUCCAGAGUCACCUUUCAGCAGCCCCAUGCCAAGGAUAUCGCUAAAGUUCAGAGCAUCGUCACAACCAGCAACCCCCCCAUCAACAUCGCCGUAAUGAGGAGAGAAAGUGGUGGCGUUAAAAAGUGCCAGAUGGAGGAGACAGGGAGUGACUGCUUCCAGAAUGAGACAAAGGAAUUAGUGCCAGAAGUAAAAAAACAACCAGAGCCACAUCAGCAAAGAAGCCAAGGGCAGCCUGCUAACUCUGAAAGCACUGAAACGCACCCAGAUGACAGCAAGGACGAAGUGCAAAGCAACAACAGACAGAUAAAGCCUAAGAAACACAACUGAGCGGACAGCGUAUCAUGAAAAAUCCAAAUCUCCUGCAUUCCUGUAACGAUAUUUCAAAGAGCACACACAUCUGAUGCGCCUGUGCAACAAAGUGCAUGGACACAAACACACACACACACACAACCAAACAUGAGCACAUGUGCAUACAACCACCACACAGACAUGCACACGCAACAAAACAUGGACACAUGCACACACACGGAGACACACAGUAUCAGCAU